CGCGCGCCCGUUGCCAUGGGAACGCACUCGACCGGGAAGCCCGAGGGAGAGGCGGGAGGCGGCGGCGCGGCAGAGCUCGUGGGAGACGCUAUCGCAAGAUGGCGUCUGCGAGGCCGCGGGAUGCGGAGUGAGCGCGCCCCGCCGGGGGCUGUGCGAGGCUGCUACUGCUCUCCCCGUCGGCACCGCCUCUCCGCCAGCCACUGCGCCGCGGCCAAGCCGGCCGCCUCGCAGAUACAGAUGAAUAUAGACCUCCUGUUUGGAAAUCUUACUUAUAUCAGCUACAACAGGAAGCCCCUCAUCCUCGAAGAAUUACCUGUACUUGCGAGGUUUCAUGGCAUGAUCUCCAGAGAAGCAGCCGACCAGCUCUUGAUUGUGGCUGAAGGGAGCUACCUCAUCCGGGAGAGCCAGCGGCAGCCAGGGACCUACACUUUGGCUUUAAGAUUUGGAAGUCAAACCAGAAACUUCAGGCUCUACUACGAUGGCAAGCACUUUGUUGGGGAGAAACGCUUUGAGUCCAUCCACGAUCUGGUGACUGAUGGCUUGAUUACUCUCUAUAUUGAAACCAAGGCAGCAGAAUACAUUGCCAAGAUGACGAUAAACCCAAUUUAUGAGCACAUAGGAUACACAACCUUAAACAGAGAGCCAGCAUACAAAAAACAUAUGCCAGUCCUGAAAGAGACACAUGAUGAGAGAGAUUCUACAGGCCAGGAUGGGGUGUCAGAGAAAAGGUUGACAUCACUUGUUAGAAGAGCAACUCUGAAAGAAAACGAGCAAAUUCCAAAAUAUGAAAAGAUUCACAACUUCAAGGUGCAUACAUUCAGAGGGCCACACUGGUGUGAAUACUGUGCCAACUUUAUGUGGGGUCUCAUUGCUCAGGGAGUGAAAUGUGCAGAUUGUGGUUUGAAUGUUCAUAAGCAGUGUUCCAAGAUGGUCCCAAAUGACUGUAAGCCAGACUUGAAGCAUGUCAAAAAGGUGUACAGCUGUGACCUUACGACGCUCGUGAAAGCACACACCACUAAGCGGCCAAUGGUGGUAGACAUGUGCAUCAGGGAGAUUGAGUCUAGAGGUCUUAAUUCUGAAGGACUAUACCGAGUAUCAGGAUUUAGUGACCUAAUUGAAGAUGUCAAGAUGGCUUUUGACAGAGAUGGUGAGAAGGCAGAUAUUUCUGUGAACAUGUAUGAAGAUAUCAACAUUAUCACUGGUGCACUUAAACUGUACUUCAGGGAUUUGCCAAUUCCACUCAUUACAUAUGAUGCCUACCCUAAGUUUAUAGAAUCUGCCAAAAUUAUGGAUCUGGAUGAGCAAUUGGAAACCCUUCAUGAAGCACUGAAACUACUGCCACCUGCUCACUGCGAAACCCUCCGGUACCUCAUGGCACAUCUAAAGAGAGUGACCCUCCACGAAAAAGAGAAUCUUAUGAAUGCAGAGAACCUUGGAAUUGUCUUUGGACCCACCCUUAUGAGAUCUCCGGAACUAGACGCCAUGGCUGCAUUGAAUGAUAUACGAUAUCAGAGACUGGUGGUGGAGCUGCUUAUCAAAAACGAAGACAUUUUAUUUUAAAUUUUUAAUUUGAGGGGAAAAGAAAUGUUUUACAGAUGAAGGAAUGUUUUAUAGUAAUUUAAUUUGCUCCUGUAGCUGCAUUAUUUCUUGAUUAGAGGUUUGGGCAUAUAACCAGAUUAAAGUGAAGGAACUUUCUGUUGUUUUUGUAGCACCGCUCAGCUGUCUUGUAAAACAGUGAACACACGCUUUCCGGUUCUAGUAAUCCUGGGUGUUUAUCACGUUCAGAGAAACUCAAGCUAUUGCAUGAUUAGCCCCCUAUCUGGCAAGGAAACCCCAUACAGAAGAAACAACAAACCUGCGCCUGCACCGCCUCUGCGUCCUGGGUAGUCUGUGCUUGUAAUCCAGCAUGUUUCACAGAGUAAGCCUGUUGUGACUUUGCUUUUGGGGUCUAUGUCAUUGGUUUCUGAUGCUUGUACAAACACGCACACACAAAUGGAUAAAACAGCACCUCUGGCUGUUGCAUUACCAUAGACCACAUCACAUGCCUACAUUUUGCAAAUGAUUUCUGGUUUCUCUUAGUUCUUCUCUAACAUAGUACUUUCUUUCCAGCAAAAGCAAAAUGUGUUUUCAGAUUUGUUACUUUAAUAAGUUAUCCAUACCAAUAAAAAGUGUACAACACAGCAUUUUCUGUUAAAUUAUUAUUGGUUUUCAGUUGUAAUUUGGUAUUUUUUCUGGCAUGCAUUUAUUAAUUUAUUAAAUUGGCUUUUAGAAAUCAAAAA